AUGAAUCCUCGGCAUCUGGAACCUUAUAUAAACCGCCAAGUCUUAAUCAAUGUUCGAAACAUCCUACGUCUCAUUUCCAAAACAACUCAAAACCUAAUCAUGUCCCAACCACAACCCUCUUCUUCUUCUUCUUCUUCCGACCCUCCACCUUUCGAUCCCAACCAACCCUCCAUUCCUAUUUCAUACCCAAUCAAAACCCUCCAAGACCUUCAAUCUCGCUCUUACUUCGAUUCCUUUCACUACCCUUUUAACAUAUCUUCAGUUCCCAUUUCUUCUUCUGAACUUCCCAAUAGACGUAGAUUGUUGGUUUGUCAUGAUAUGGCUGGUGGUUACUCUGAUGAUAAGUGGAUUCAAGGUGGGACUAAUCCCGAUGCUUAUGCUAUUUGGCAUUGGCAUUUGAUUGACGUUUUUGUUUACUUUUCUCAUUCGCUGGUUACUCUUCCUCCUCCUUGCUGGAUUAACACCGCUCAUCGUCACGGUGUCAAGGUGCUGGGCACUUUUAUCACCGAAUGGGAUGAAGGAAAGGCUACCUGUGAUGUACUCCUUUCAACAAAGGAGUCUGCACAAAUGUAUGCUGAACGUCUCGCAGAGCUUGCUGUUCGUUUAGGCUUCGACGGGUGGCUAAUAAAUAUGGAGGUAAAGUUGGAUCCGAAGCAAAUUCCUAAUUUGAAAGAGUUUGUAGACCAUUUGUCGUUAACAAUGCAUUCCUCAUUGCCUGGAUCAUUAGUGCUGUGGUAUGACAGUGUUACAAUUGACGGUGAACUGAAAUGGCAAGAUCAGCUAAACGAAUAUAAUAAGCCGUUCUUUGAUAUAUGCGAUGGAAUAUUUGUAAACUAUACAUGGGAGGAAAGCUAUCCAAAGCUCUCUGCUGAUGUGGCUGGUGAUCGGAAGUUCGACGUUUACAUGGGAAUUGAUGUAUUCGGAAGGAACACAUAUGGUGGUGGACAGUGGAAUGCAAAUGUUGCUCUUGAUGUAAUAAGAAAGAAUGAAGUCUCUGCUGCAAUAUUUGCUCCCGGAUGGGUCUAUGAAACAAAGCAACCACCAGAUUUUGAGACUGCUCAGAAUAGUUGGUGGGGUCUUGUGGAGAAAUCUUGGGGAGUACUGCAAAAUUAUACUGGACCACUACCGUUACAUACAAAUUUUGAUCAGGGACGUGGUUAUCAUAUUUCAGUUGAUGGAAACAAUGUUUCAGAUGCUUCAUGGUGCAACAUUUCUUGCCAAGGCUUUCAGCCACUCCUUCCGCUUGCUGAUCCUAGAAAUCCUAUUCAAGUUACCGUAGACUUGAAGGAAGCAUCAUAUAAUGGAGGGGGGAACAUUACUUUCAAAGGAUCUCUUGAAAAGCCAACUUACUUUGAGAAGAAAAUCCUUCAAGGAGAGUUUAUUUUGAGCGAGUUGCCGAUCCACUUUACUUAUUCUGUGAAAUCUAAUGGCAAUUCUUCGUUGGGACUUAAACUCGUGUUCACUUCAAACAAAGACGAAACAGUUUCUGCAUUUCUCACAUCGCAAGAAGUGCAUAACUUCUCAAAUAAAUUCGACAAAGUCAUCAAAACUCGUGAACAGAAAGGGUUUUCCUCUGGAUGGGCUAUAAACGAAAGUGAAAUUGAAAUGAACGGAUACACUUUAACCGAAAUCCAUGCAGUGUGCUACAUAUCAGAUUGCAAAGAUUUUACCUCGGCUUCUCCAUCAGACUAUUAUGCACUUCUUGGUCACAUCACAGUCAAGAGUUCUGACUACAAGCCGAAUUUUCCCGUUUCUUCUUCCUGGCUAGUUGACGGUAAAUUUAUAAAAUGGACAUCUGGUUCCGAAGGUUCGAAGACGCUUAGCAUUAAAAUUUCAUGGACACUGAAAGAUGGGAAGAAUUAUCUCUCUCUGAAGUACAACAUCUAUUUGGUGAAAUCAUCAAAACAAGCAAGUGAUAGUCCAAGUAGAACUUCAGAAUCUGUGAAGGAGGAGUACCUAGGAGUAGCACAAGUAAACUGCUUUUAUGUUUCUGAUCUUGAAGUUCCUUCAGAUACUUCUAGCCUCAAAUUUAUAGUACAAGUUUGUAGUGUGGAUGGGACAAUUCAGGCAUUGGAUGAGUCUCCAUAUUAUGAAUUGGAGGUUGAAAGUCCCUAA